CAAAGACUUCUGGUAUUAUUGUUGUUGCAGUUGCCUACAUAUCCAACUACAAUGUUCCUUGGUGAAAGUGAUGGUGAAGGCAUGAGUCUUGUAUUAUACUUUAAAGUUAGUGAAAAUUUUGACACAGACAUAUCUCCUCAGUUUCAAGAAUUUAUCAAGAGAUUUGUUGAGGAUGAUACCGAAAUGGUUAAGGGGUUCACAAAGGAGUCAUUGGUUCCUUUCAGGGAAAGGCUAAAAAUUUUGGCUGGAUUGGUGAAUCCAGACGAGCUCCAACUGAGUUCUGCUGGGAAGAAGCUGAUAAGUGCUUAUAAUGAUAAACCAGUGCUUUCGCGCCCUCAACACAAUUUCUUCAGGGGGCCUAAUUACUUUGAAAUUGAUCUAGACAUACACAGGUUCAGCUACAUCUCCAGGAAAGGGCUUGAAUCAUUCAGAGACAGAUUGAAGAAUGGGGUACUUCAUGUGGGAUUAACAAUCCAGGCACAAAAACAAGAACUACCAGAGCAAGUCUUGUGUUGUAUGCGCUUGAAUAAGAUUGAUUUUGUAAACCAUGGUCAAAUACCUACUCUUGUUACCAUGAAUGACUGAGUUGGACAAGCACCAGUGGCGUCCUAGAGGGUUUGCAAUAGUUUAUUAGUCCGGCGGAGAAAUUGAUCAGAAGAUGUAUUUUUUGUUCUUUUUUUCUUUUUCUUUUUUGUAAACAUUAGAUCGUUAAUACAUAUUCAAUGGUGCAAAGGAGGGAAUAAAGAAAAAUGAGAAGCA